CUCGGCUGAUACCCACAGAUGUCUGGUGGCAGAUUCCCACUUCGUCAAGGCAUACCCACUGACUCCAUGCUGGCCUCUCCUUGCCUUCUGUGGCUCCUGGCCAUGACCUUCUCCUUGGUUCCCAGAGCUCAGCCAUUGGCACCUCAAAAAUCAGAGGAAGAAGUGGAGGAAUAUGAGACAGUGAGCACAUCCACGUUGGCUGCCCCCUGUGACUAUGACCGUUGCCGCCACCUGCAGGUACCCUGCAAGGAGCUGCAGAGGGCCGGGCCAGUGGCCUGCCUGUGCCCAGGGCUCUCCAGCUCAGCCUUGCGACCUGAACCACCACGUCUGGGAGAAGUGCAAAUUGUAGCAGAAGAGGGCCGUGCUGUGGUUCACUGGUGUGCUCCCUUCUCCCCAGUUCAUCACUACUGGCUGUUGCUUUGGGAAGGCAACGGGGCUCCGCAGAAAGGCCCCCCCCUCAACUCUACAGUCCGCAGAGCAGAAUUGAAGGGACUAAAGCCUGGGGGCACUUAUGUCAUUUGUGUGGUGGCUGCUAAUGAGGCGGGGGAGAGCCAGGUUCCUGGGACAAGUGGGGAGGGCCCCGAGAGGAUGGCCUUUCCUUCCUUUGGACCUUGCAGUCGACUCUCUAUGCCUCCAAGACCUGUCACCUUGGUCCACGCAGCUGUGGGGGUGGGCAUAGCCUUGGCCCUGCUCAGCUGUGCCGCCCUGUUCUGGCACUUCUGCCUGCGGGAACGCUGGGGCUGUCCACGCCACAGAGUUGCAGGCGCACUGUAACGGGAGCCUGGGGACAACUCUGGUGCGGCCCAGCCCCACCUGAGGCCCUUCCAGGGGUGGGUGGAUCAGUUGGACAGCCAAGCCAGAGCAAGGGCCUAACAAUUGGGCCACAGCCAGAGUCUCUGGGUUGAAAACAUGUUUAGGUCUUGGACUUGUCAUUUUGCUCCCUGCUGAGGACUAGGAAGAAGUAGCAAUUUUGCUUUAAAAGGUGAGGUAAUAAAUGAUUUACACUUUAUGGGCUCAAAAGGAUAAAAAUCAAGGACAUUAUGUAGGUAUUUCUCUAACCAUUUAAAAUGUAGUCAUUUAAAGAUGUAAAAUUUUAGCUCUUAGGCUUUACAUGCUUGGCAGCAGGCGAGAUAGAGCUUGUUGGCUGCAGUUUGCUGUUUGCCAACCUCUAUCAUACACUCUCCAGAGGGCUCUGUCACUGUGAGUGGCUUCAGUGGGAUUUGUUUAUUCAUUUGUUUGUGGUGCUGGGGAUCAAUCCCAGGGCCUCGUGCAUGCUAGACAAGCACAGUACCACUAAGCUACAUUCCCAGUCCCUUCAAUGGGAUUUUGAGAAUAAGAUUCUGCAGGAUGGAAGUUUGGAAUUGAAGCCAUGCCUUCUCCAACCUUUGAUUUGGUCACUGAGGAUGAGCACACCUGGUCUGAGUCCAACUGUGUCUGUAA